AUGGGAGACGAGUCCGAGGCGGCUUUCGUCCGCGAGGUUUGGGGCCUCCAAGGAGCCGCAUACCUCGUAGUUGGUCUCCGUUACUAUAGUAGAUUGUCAACGCUAGGGUGGCGGAGUCUAUCGUUGGAUGAUGUUAUCAUGUUCUUGGCUAUUGUGGUUUAUACAGCAGAGUCACUGAUGGCAUACCUAGUCGUGGCAUUCUGGCAUGGUCUUGCCAACAAUGCUCUGACGGAUGAACAGCGUGCAGAGAUAGACCCACACUCGCACGAGUGGUACCUACGAGUCAAUGGGUCAAAGACUCAUGUCGUCGGCCUUCUUCUCUAUACCACGCUGCUAUGGCUAUUGAAGGCGUGUUGGUUAUCAUAUUACUCUCGUUUGACCGAUGGAAUUAAUCACAUGAAUAAAAUUAUACACUGGGGCACCGCUAUCAUUGGAGCGACUUACAUCUCAUGUCUGCUCGUUGCCUUUUUAAAAUGCAUCCCUUUUUAUCACCAGUGGCAAAUUAAUCCUUCCCCAGGAAAUCACUGUAUGCCAGCCAUUUCCACCCUCCAGACCGUUUACGUGAUGGUCAUGAACACCAUCACCGACUUCUAUCUAAUGGCCAUACCGUUACCAGUCGUCUGGAUUGCACGCCUACCGUGGAGAAGGAAGCUCGUGCUCCUGAUCAUGUUCAGUGGUGGCUUUCUUGAGAUGACAUUUGGCAUUUUACGAUGCGUCUCCAUCUUGACGGCAAGCACACUACUUAUGUCGCAUCGACUAGGUGAUGUCGAUCCUGCGCAAUCAGGUUACUGGUCCGUUCGAGAAUCGUUCGUCUCUGUCGUUUUAACAAAUAUGCCGAUGAUCUACCCGAUGUUUAGAAACCUCGUUGAGAGAGGAAUCAACAUGAGCAGAUCGCCGGGUAAGAGCAGCCUGGAAGAUAGCAGGGGUUAUAGACUCGGCAGCGUGCCUGGUCCUCUCGAGACCGUAGGGCGCCAACGGCAGCGAUCUAUCUACGUCCCAAAUAACGGAUCGUGGGGAUCGAACGAACAUAUAAUGGCUGAUACAGAAAACGGCACCGCAUCAAAUGAAGAAGCAUCUAUAGAUCUAACAAAACAUCGGACCGGUGGGGUUUCAUCAGCGGGAACACCUCCGCCUUCAGGGUCGAAGCGAAUAGCAAGCGCCGAGCACCAAAUCGUCAUCACGACAGAGUAUACUGUCACGGAGGAGAGUUCAAAUGGGUCAAGAAAUUUGAGCAGGCCCGGGUUUUGA